GAAAAUGCAGAUGGGUUCCAUAUCUUUGCUUUGUUUGGUUUCUAUUUUGCUUAUAAACAUUGGUGUUACUAGAGCAACUAUAUGUUAUGACACAGGGAAUUUCACAAGUAAUAGCACCUAUGAGAAGAACAGGAACCUGAUUCUCUCAUCUCUUGCUUCUAAUGUCACUCUCCAUGAUGGUUUUUUUUAUACUUCAAGUAUUGGCGAAGAGCCGGACAAAGUUUAUGCUCUUGUGAAUUGUAGAGGAGAUUCUUCUGCAGAACAGUGUGCUAAUUGUGUAAGUUCUGCAGCUAAAGAUAUUGUGAAUACAUGUUUGAACCAGAAAGAAGCAGUUGCUUGGGGAGGGAGUCCUCAAUGCAUUGUACGCUAUUCGAACCGCUUGAUUUUCGGAGAAAUGGAGGAGGAACCUAUGGCUGCGGGAAGCAGUGAGAAUAAUAUGACGGUGAACAUGACUCAUUUUGAUCAGACUUGGGAGAGUUUGAUGAAUCAGUUGUUGAGAAAAGCUUCUACAAGUAAGUUUGCAACCGGAGAAGCAAAUUUGACGAACUUUGUGAAGAUAUAUGCACUCAUGCAGUGUACUCCUGAUAUUUCACAGACUGAUUGUGGCACUUGUCUACUCCAAUCUGUAGCCUACUAUGAGGCUCACUACCAUGGCAAGUCACGUUGCCUUGUUAUGAAACCUAGCUCUGGAAACGAGAUUUCAGUGGUGGAAUCUUUACAAUUAGACUUGCAAUACAUUGUAGCUGCAACAAUCAAUUUCUCUGAAGGAAACAAGAUUGGUGAGGGUGGAUUUGGCAGUGUGUACAAGGGUGCACUUCAUAAUGGACAGAUGGUAGCUAUUAAGAGGCUAUCAAGAAGCUCAGGUCAAGGAUUAGAAGAAUUUAGGAAUGAGGUUGUAUUGGUAGCCAAGCUUCAACAUAGAAAUUUAGUGAGGUUAUUGGGAUUUUGUGCAGAAGAGGAGAAAUUACUUGUCUAUGAAUUUGUGCCCAACAAAAGCCUCGACUACUUCCUUUUUGAAGGGCAAUUGGAUUGGUCGAUGCGUUGCAAGAUUAUAGGAGGAAUUGCACGAGGAAUCUUGUAUCUGCACGGGGCUUCUAGACACAAAAUCAUACAUCGUGAUCUCAAAACUAGUAACAUUCUGCUCGAUGAAGACAUGAACCCUAAGAUAGCAGAUUUUGGCAUAGCGAGGAUUUGUGGGAUGGACCAGAGUCAAGGAAAUACAAGCAGAAUUGUUGGCACAUAUGGUUAUACCCCAGAAUAUGCAUUACAAGGACACUUUUCGGUAAAGUCUGAUGUGUACAGCUACGGAGUUUUAAUACUGGAGAUCAUAAGCGGCAAAAAGAACAGUUCUUUCUAUCAAUCAGACUAUUCCGAAGACCUCUUGAGCUAUGCGUGGAGACUUUGGAGUGAUGGAACACCAUUGGAGCUAACGGAUCAAGCUCUAGGCAAUUCUUUUCAGCGAAAUGAGGUCACUAGAUGCAUCCAUAUCGGAUUAUUGUGCAACCCCGUUUUUAAUCCUAAUACAUAUUGCUUUUUAAAAGUUUUAUUAGGAAUGAAAUUGCAAGAAAAGGAAGCUGCUGGGUUUGCAUGUGACAAGGGGCAAAAUCUGGAGGUUUAUUUGAAAGAAAAGCUGAUGUGGUAG